GGUGGGUAAGGUGGUAACAUUCCCUAGGUUCAUUUUCUUCUUCCCCUUCCAGCUGGCUGGUAGGGAAAUGCCAAAUGCCAAGCUUAAACCCAGCCAAGCUUGUAGCUGUGAUCACUGGUGAAUACAUCUCCAUUAAAUCUGAGGCAUCAAUAACCUUCCUUAGGUAACUCUCUCUAAUUUCUAAUAGGCAUAUCUUGAAGCAUAGUCAAGUGAAGAAAAACUAGAAGAAGCUCACAGCCUCUCACUGUAGCACUGCGCUUAAGAGAUCCUGUUCCAUCAGGAUAAUUAUUGGCCAGUUAGUCAUCUGCCAAACACUAAAACAUCAACCAGCCCUUGGCCAACUCAUCUUCAGUCAACCAGGCAACAAUCAACUGUGCAUGAAUCAAUCAGGUAUGAAACAAUCAAGCUUAUCAAACAUGAACCAAACAGGAAUAAGCCAGCUAGGCACAAGCUUACUUAACAUGAACCAACUAGUUGGGAACCAACCCAAAAUAAGCCUACAUGAUGUGAACCAACCAGGUGGGAAAAAAUCAGGUUUCAGCCAACCAGGUGUGAAGUUAUCACACAUGAAUUUACUAAACACAAACCAACCAGACAUGUGGCAACCAAGCAUGAGCCCAACAUGUAUGAGGCAACCAGGCCCAAGACAACUAGGAAUGAAUCUACUGGAUAUAAACCAACCAAGCAUGAAACAACCAGGAAUGUGGCAACCAAACACAUGCCAACCAUGUAUGAGAGAACCAGGCCCAAGCCAACCAGGCAUGAAUCUAUUUGACACAAACCAACCAGGCAUGAUGCAACGAAGCAUGAGUCAACCAGGUAUGAGAGAAUCAGGUCUAAGCCAACCAGGCAUAAAUCUACUGGACAAAAACCAACCAGGCAUGAUGCAACGAAGCAUGAGUCAACCAGGUAUGAGAGAACCAGGCCCAAGCCAACCAGGUGUGAAUCUACUGGACACAAACCAACCAGGCAUGAUACAACCAGCCAUGUUACAAUCAAGCAUGAGACAACCAGGUAUGAGAGAACCAGUUCCAAGACAACUAGGCAUGUUGCAAAGAAGCAUAAGCCAACCAGGUGUGAGAGAACCAGGCCCAAGUCAACCAGGCAUGAAUCUACUGGACACGAACCAACCAGGCAUGUUGCAAUCAAGCAUGAACCAACAAGGUAUGAGAGACCCAGCCCUAAGACCACUAAGCCUGUUGCAACAAAGCAUAAGCCAACCAGGUGUGAGAGAACCAGACCCAAGCCAACCUGGCAUGAAUCUAUUGGACAUAAACCAAUCAGGCAUGAAACAAUCAGCCAUCUUUCAUCCAAGCUUGAGCCAACCAGGUAGGAGGCAAACAGGCCCAAAUCAACCAGGAAUGAAUCUACUGGACACAGUCCAAUCAGGCAUCUUUCAACCAAGCAUGAGCCAACUAGAUAGGAGGCAAACAGGCACAAAUCAACCAGGAAUUAACCUACUGGAUACAGUCCAACCAGGCAUCUUUCAACCAAGCAUGAGCCAACCAGAUAGGAGGCAAACAGGCCCAAAUCAACCAGGAAUGAAUUUACUGGACACAAUCCAACCAGGCAUCUUUCAACCAAGCAUGAGCCAACCAGGUAGGAGGCACACAGGCCCAAAUCAACCAGGAAUGAAUCUACUGGACACAAUCCAACCAAGCCUGAAACAAGCAGGCAUGUGGCAACCAGGCAUGAACCAACCAGGUAUGAAUCUACUGGACACAAGUCAAUCAGGCAUGUGGCAACCAGGCAUGAAGCAAGCAGACACCAGGCAACUAUUCCAGGACCAACGAAGCACGUGGCAACCAGAUAUAAGCCAACAAUUCCCAAGCCAACCAGUCAUGAACCAAAUAGGCACAUGGCAACCAUACAAAAGCCAACCAGGCACCAGCCAAUCAGGAAUAAGCCAACCAGAUAUGAGCCAACCAGGCAUGAGCUUUUCAGGCAUAAGCCAACUAGGCAGGAGCCAACAAAUUUCCGGUCAACCAGGGCCAGUCCAAUUAGUCAGGAAUCAAUCAGGCAGGAUCCAGUCAGGUAUGAGCAAAUUCGAAAAGGCUAAAUCACCCACAAGGAAAUCAAGCAUGAAUUCUUUCCGAAUAAGACCUGCAGAGGCUCGAGACUGCCCAGAAAUUCUGCGGCUGAUUAAAGAGCUGGCUGCCUGUGAAAAUAUGUUAGAUGCAGUGAAGUUAACAGCAAUGGAUUUACUGAGAGAUGGCUUUGGGGAGAAUCCCCUUUUCUACUGUCUGAUUGCUGAAGUAAAAAACCAUCAAAAACCAUCAGGUAAAAUGGCCGUUGGAUUUGCCAUGUACUACUUCACGUACGACCCCUGGAUUGGCAAGUUACUUUACCUAGAGGAUUUUUAUGUCAUCCAAGAAUACCGAGGCCUAGGUAUUGGAGCUCAAAUGCUGAAGAGGUUAAGUCAGAUAGCCAUCAUGAGUCAAUGUAACUGCAUGCACUUUCUUGUUGUCAUUUGGAACCAGGCUUCUAUUGAGUACUACACAAGUCGAGGGGCUUUAGACCUUUCCUCUGAGGAGGGGUGGCAUUUGUUCAGGUUUAACAGAGAAGAACUCAUGGACAUGGCGGAGGAAGAAUGAAAGAGGCCUCAUAACAACUCAUUCCAACAUAGGCUCCAACAUCUGAAUGUCACCUGAGUCGAACAGCAGUUUGACACUGAAUGUUGUAAAAUACAACAAAUGAUAAUAUU